ACUUUUCUAUAAAUACUCUACGCAUCACCACAGAUCUCUCAUUCACAAAUCUCUCAUACUUCUCCAAAAUCACACAAACUGAUUAAACCCUUUUCUAGAGAAAUUUCUGUAGAUCAAGAAAUACAUCAAUGGCAGUCUCCGAUAAUACCUUUUCAAUGUCGACCAUGUUCAAUGCUUUACCAAACCCUACAGAAACCUCCGGUUACAUUCCUCCUUCUGGAUUCGCCCCACGCGCCUCCGCCACGCCCUUGCACGCAGCUCUGUUCAACCUAAUGACUGACGGCGAUGGUGUGUCUUACUUUAAAGAGAUGAUCUCAAAGUCAGACAAAACAGAGCUUCAGAGGAUGGCCUCGUUGCUUACGUCUGACUCCGAUUACUUCAUGUCGAUCGUCACAACCAAGUUCGGCUCGAGACGCGUGCAGAAGCUCCUCGGCAAAUCAGAUGACGUGGACGCCUUCUUCUGUGCCGCUAUCUUGCGCCGCUUCCUCCACAUCACGACCGACAAAUACGCAUCCUACGUGACGAUACGAGCCAUGGUCGUUUUCGACAAGGUGAUGAAAAAGGCAUUGUACGAGCGCAUUCUCUACCACGCUCUCGACCUAGCGUGUGACCAGCACGGCUGCAUCGCGCUCAAUGAUAUCAUAACCGACGCUGACGAUCCUUACUACAGAGAUCAGCUACUAGAAUUGGUCGUAUCCAACGCUCUCCGGCUAAGCAACGAUGCUUCAGGGAACUUUGUGGUCCAACAUGUGCUUACACUGUAUGACUCGCGUUGCAUUCACAACAUCGCCGUUAAUCUUUAUGGUCAGUGCAUUGAGCUAUCGUUUAAGAAGUAUGGAAGCUACAUCGUGGAGAAGCUUUUGGAGGUGGAGGAGUCAAUGGUUGUGGUGGUUGUGGAGCUUUUGGGUUGCGAUGGAGACAGGUUGAUGAGGCUGGCGAGGAAUGAGUUUGGGAAUUUCGUGGUGGUCAAGGCACUGAGAUUCACAAAGGAGAUGAGGAUGGAUCUGUUUUGGGGUUUGGUGCAGAAGCUCAUGCCUUUUAUCCAUCUCUUGCGUAGAUCUCACGGAAACAACAUUGCAAACAUCUUGGACACAUUUAGGCUUCGUUGCUGAUUAUAACUCUGUGUUUAUGUCUCAAACUAGUUAUAAUACAUAAAUUGUUUGGUUUUAAGGUAGUUACAUAACUCUUGUAAGAAAGGUUUUUCGGGUUUUUAUGAAGAAGAGUUAUAAAAUUUGAAAAACGAAAUAAAGAUUUUGUGAAA